ACACUGAUGAGUGCCACUCAAGCCCCUGUCUGAAUGGAGCUACCUGCGCUGAUGGCAUCGACUCUUUCAAAUGCUUAUGCCUUCCCAGCUACGGAGGGGACCUGUGUGAGAUCGACCUGGAAAACUGUGAGGAAGGUUGGACCAAGUUCCAGGGCCACUGCUACAGGCACUUUGAAGACAGGGAGACUUGGAUGGAUGCAGAGACCAGAUGCCGACAACAUCAAGCCCACCUGAGCAGUAUCAUCACCCCAGAGGAGCAAGAAUUUGUGAACAGCCACGCACAGGACUACCAGUGGAUCGGCCUCAGUGACAGAGCCGUGGAGAACGAUUUCCGCUGGUCCGACGGACACUCCUUGCAAUUUGAGAACUGGCGGCCCAACCAACCUGAUAACUUCUUCGCGGCGGGUGAGGACUGCGUUGUGAUGAUCUGGCAUGAGCAAGGCGAAUGGAAUGACGUUCCCUGCAACUAUCACCUCCCUUUCACCUGCAAGAAAGGAACAGUGGCCUGCGGGGACCCCCCUGUGGUGGAGAACGCCAGGACCUUUGGUCGGAAGAAGGACCGCUACGAAAUAAACUCCAUGGUGCGGUACCAGUGCAACCAAGGCUACAUCCAGCGCCACGUACCCACGAUUCGGUGCCAGCCCAACGGGCAGUGGGAGGAACCGCGGAUAUCUUGCAUAAACC